AUGGCUAUGGCGAGGGGGAGCUCCGGACUGGCUUACCCCGACAGAUUCUUCGCGGCUGCGGCCUACGUUGGAUUCGGCGGAUCUCCGGACUCGGCAUCCACAGGUGUGAUCUCCAAAUUUCCCAACGACGUUGCUCUCCUGCUCUACGGCCUCUACCAGCAGGUAAGCUGGCAUUGAUCCUGUGCAUUUUCCCGAGGAUCUGAAGGUCGAUUCCUGAAUUCAACGCAUUAUCGAUUUGUUACUUUCGCAUAAUCGGGAUCUGAGCGUUGGGAGUUUCUGGAAUGAGCGUGGUUUGCCUUUUAGUUUCGUUCUUGAAUAUACGGUUUUCCAGGUGUCAGAGCGGAUCCGUUUGCCACUUUUCGCUUCUUGAUAUUCACCUGAGGAAAUGUAAUCCAGAUCCUAGUGUUUCUAGCUCAUUAUUCGGGUUAACUUUCACUAAUAUUAUAAAAUCGUUUUUUAUGCUCUUUGAAGAACGUUGAAAAGUAGCGGACAAUGAUAUCGACAUCAAUUGUAAUGAUUUAAAGUUUGUUUCUUACCACAGGCAACUAUCGGCCCUUGCAAGGUUCCCAAACCCAGCGCCUGGAAUCCUGUGGAGAAUGGGAAAUGGACCAGGUUUGAUUUUUUCCUUCACUUAUUGCAGAUGACAGAUUCCUGCUUUACUUACACUAGGACCGUGAGUUCUACCAUAAAAUUUGUGAAUAUGAACUAUCCUGUGCGUAAUGAAAUAUGUUGCUCGACCAGGGGAACUUGGAGGUUUUGCUUAAAAUUCAUGUUUGAAAUAUGGUGACAUGCGCUUAAAAUUCAUCACUCUCUUUGAGGUCACCUUCCCUUUUUUGUCGCAAACUUUUUGGCUAUUUUCCAUCUCAAGUAGGCUAACCGGUUCCUGAUACCCUAUGUUGUACGGAGAAAGGAGAGACCAGAAGAACUGAUUUUUAGGAACAAGGCAUUGCCUAUGGGGUCUGGUUGGCUACUGAAAACUAUGUUUUCUCCAUUAUGCUUCUGGAUAUUUAUUUGUCAUCUGACUGUAUUUCAUUAACCAGGGGAGCUUGGAUGCAAGGAAAAAUGGGUUUUCUAGAAUCUGUUUCUAGAAACGGCAUGCUUCGUGAAUAAUUUAUUCACUACACCGUCUGUAACUAUAAACAGUUCUAAAUAUAGAAUGAAGUCGGCCCUUGCCGUCACAUGUUCAAAGAUUGAAAAUUAUAAUUAGUAGGUCUUCGUAUUUAACCUUUGUGCUCUUAUUCUAUCUCAUGAAUCAUUACAAAGGCAGUUGAGGCAACCGGACCUGCUGCUGAGUCUUUGUCCAGAGCCAUAUGUUUUUUGAAACUGAGAAGUCUAGUCCCCUUUUUCAAGUCCCCUUUUUCAAGUGCCUUUUUUUUUCUUCUUGAACAUUCUCGUUCAGGACUCAUAUGAGGCUAUCCUAAUGAAUUCACCUUAAAACAUCUCUGUCAUUCAUGCAUAGAGAUUAUCUAUGGAUGAUGAAUACAAAUGUUUACAUGUUUGAAUUUAAAUGAAGAAGCUAUGGACGAAGACAUCUUCCUUCAUACUGAAUAAUUACUUUCUAUCUGCCAGCACGGAAUGAAGGUCUAUCAUGGAUGUAUAUUUGGUGUGAUGUGAUUGUAUUUCGAAAACUAUGGUAAUUUUAUUUCUUUUUUUAUCUAAAUAAUUUUGUAUAGAAAUCUUGUUCAGGUAUCGCUUUUUUUUGUUGAUUUGGGUCUUAUUUCUUCACUAUGAUCGUAAUCAUAUUUUUACAGCCAAUUAGUAUCCAGCCGUUAUAAAAAAGACACUGGAUAGAAAAUAUGUCAGUUUUAGAGACGGAUAUAUUUUAUCGAAUUGUUAUCAUCUGUAUAAAUAUGUAGGUGAAUUCUCCACCUUUUUUAUCUUCUUCGUGGGCUGCACCUGAAGAUAUAUGGUACUUCGCAUUUAUGCCACAAUAUUUUACCUAUCUAACUGGACCUAAAAUAAUUGCAAAUGGAUUAUAUCAUGUGAUCUUACAUAACUAAACUGUUUAGAUCAACAAUGCAUAUUAUUGCAUCUUCUCAUUGAUUGAUGACUAAAUACCUGUUGUUAUUUAUGUGAGUAUGGUCAUUUAUGAGAAAAUAUUUCCAACUAGUUUAUUGACAAUGGUCAUUCCUUACAGUUGGAAUGGACUUGGAAACAUGGCUUCAACUGAGGCAAUGCGCCUUUUUGUUAAACUUUUAGAAGUGAGUACACUUGAAAUUUAUUGAUCUUGCUGAGUUCUGGGUGUUCGUUUGCUGAGUUAUUGAAAUCAUGUUGAUGAUUUAAAUAGGAAGAAGAUCCUGCUUGGUAUUCAAGAAUACCAGAAACUGUUGUGGAACCUGUUGUGGAACCUGUUGUGGACAAGGAAGUGAAAGUGGAACUGGAAGUGGAAGUGGAAGUGAAAGUGAGUUCGUGACUUUUUUGUGGAUUUUUUUUUGUUUUACUGAAUUACAUUUGCACAGUUAUCAUAAUGCCUUUUACAUGUUUGUUUGACGGCAGUAAUUAUGGCACAGUUAAUGUGCCUUGCAAAUUUCGUUCAAUGUUUUUCAGACUGUGUUCUUAAAGCAUUGUUAGUGUUCAACCCUCGCCAAUAGUUUGCAUUUGACGCCUGUUACUUUUUUCUUCUUUGCCUCAAUAUGCUUGAUGUUGUAAUGACCCUUCUGCCUUUGGAGAUGAACAAGCAUCUACUUGAAAAGCAUUUAAAAUGUCAAAAAAAUAACAACAAAUGUUACUGAAAGAAUGUAAGGCACUUGCGAUCUGUCAGUCUUAGUAGCCAAAAACUUCUCAUUUAUAAUUCACAAUCUCUCAUGUAUCCAAUUUGUUCAUAAGUACAUUAUAAAGUAUAAGAAUGAAGAGGGUAAUGGAAAACUAGCGCUAAUAUCUAUCAACAUCAAUACAAUAUGGAGAGAAGGAUGAAGAAUGCAAGGUUUAUACACUUUAUAUUUUGCCCAAUUGAUGUUUUCAUCAAUCAAACAUUUUUUUCUUGUUGAAAGUAUUGGUUUCUGCCAAUCCAACCUAUUCUGUAGUUCUAUGAAGGUUAAGGUAUCGUUUUUGCUCUGCUUGAUUGUAAAUAUUUCUGUAUUUUUAUGCACAGAACAUGUGUAGAAGGGUUGUGAUCUCUAUUCUUUAUAAAUUAGAUGCAUCAGUCAUCCUCAGUUGAGCCAUUGGUUUGAGGGCUUUGUAUUCUCCUCCAGGAAAAAAAUGGUGCUUUCCUGAAGAUUUACAUAUUAUCAUUGUUUGAAGUUAAAUUCUUCUAACAAAGCAGAUUAUUGUUCGUUGGUUUAUAUCCCUUUCUCUGAUUUUAUCCUUGUUUUUUUCCUUUGAAUAAGCCAAAGGUAGACUUAGGAAGAGCAGAUGGAGACUUCCAUCCAGAGCCGGACAUCAUACCCACAGAAAAUGGGAAUACACUGGAAACUCCGGGCGUAGAUGUCCCAUCAGGUGGCCUGGGUGGUAUUAACAUUUAUGAUCAGUGGAUUGCACCUGAGGUCUCUGGACAACCCCCGAAGUCCAGAUAUGAGGUAUAGUGAGCACUGUCAUAUACUUCUUAACUGUUUUGCUUAAUUCUAUUUUUAUGCAAAAGUGUUGGACCUGAACUUAAUUUUGGCAGCAUGGAGCAGCUGUGGUGCAAGAAAAAAUGUACAUUUUUGGAGGAAACCAUAAUGGUCGUUACCUCUCUGAUCUUCAGGUACAUCAUGCAUACAUUUCGUUAAAGGAAUGAACUGUAUCGAAAAAUUCGGUUCUAAAUAACUAUGAACUUGCUUAUUGAAGUGUUUAAGUUGAAUGAUUUCAUUUAAAUCGUGUAAAUUUUUCACUUUGGAGCAUUCAAGUUUCUGGAUUUGAAGAGUUUGACAUGGUCAAAGAUAGAAGCUAAGGUGCAAACUCCUGAUUCAUCUAACACAGCACUUCCAGUUCCAUGUGCUGGCCAUUCCUUGGUAAGCAUUAAUUACAGAAAUUUCUGGAAGUGAAGAUUGCCAAACUAUUUCUAAUAUUUUUUAAAUUGUGUAAUGAUACCUAUCUAUGGAAAUUAACAUUUUUUUUUCUUAAGGUACCCUGGGGUAGUAAGAUUCUCUCAAUUGCGGGCCAUGCAAAAGACCCUUCAGAAACUGUGACAGGUUUGAUUCAUUGGAUCAUAUUAUAUCCUUUUAUUGUUCAUUUAUUUAUAUUCAUGAGUUUGAUUUUUUUUUCAUUUUUUGCGCUUUUUCCUGAUAAUAGUGAAGGAAUUUGAUCCUCAGACCUGCACAUGGUCAGACUUAAAGGCCUAUGGGAAGGCUCCGGUACGUUUUUUUCAUUUUUCUUCGCCCUGGUUAUAAACUUAUAGUUCCAUUUGUAUUCUUAGUGGAGCUUAUUUAGUGUGCAUUUUUUUUCUUUAAUACUGGUUUUAUGUAUUUGAAAUUGAUGCCUUUAAAUUUCCCAUGUUAUUUAAUUGGCGUGGGGAGUAUAAUUUCAACGUACCUGGAACUGUAGAAUGCAGGUUUAUGUAUUAGGCCAUCUAACAUCAGAAAGAAUGCUGAUGUAGAUCAUGUGGAUUCUAUCAAAAUAUGUUGCCUUAGCUGUGUUUUUUGCUUAUAAGAUGUUCUAUAUCUUUAUUAAAUAAAUAUAAUGGAUGUCUAAUGCAACAUUAUCGUCAUUCAAACGAAUAUAAUGGAUGUUUUGUCGUCCUUAUGUAUUGAUAUUAACCAUAAGAUGAUCUCCACAUCUAAUGAGCUCAGGGAGUUUCGUGCUGACUGAGCGUUGCUUCCAUUUUGUUUGAAUGCUUCUGAGUUUUGGGGGUACCAUUUAGAGAAUCGAAGCUAAGUAAUGACCUUAAUUUACAUGUAUGAUUUAAAUGGCCUAUAAACAUUAUUCUGCAUACUAUGAAUGUGAACUUUUUUUCGUGACCCUUACACGUUUGAUUCCCGAAACUUGUGUCUUUGAUCAUCAUUAAGAGAAGCAACUUGGUUUUCUUGUGUGAUUUAUUACACCUCAGAUAUCAGAAAGUAUCUUGCUAUAAAUAGCUUGCACUCAAAUUGCAGGUUGCACGAGGAGGCCAGUCUGUUACCCUUGUUGGUAUGAAUUUAGUCAUGUUCGGGGGACAGGAUGCAAAAAGAGCUCUUCUCAAUGACUUGCACAUUCUUGAUCUCGAAACCAUGACAUGGGACGACAUUGAUGCUGUGUAAGAAGAUAUUGAGUUCCUUCCCUUAAUGUUUAUAUUGUCCAUGUGAAUAAAUAGCAUGUUCUUUUAUACUAGCUUAACAUUUUUAGCUCACGUUAAAAGAAUAAUAGCUUAUGAUUGUUCCUUUCUUAUUAAUGAUAUAAUAAUUUCUCUUUCAUUUUACCAUUGGGCUGCUGAUUAUUAUCGCAAUAUUGCAGAUCUUCAAGCUGUCAGUGCAUUCUGCACAAGAAAAACUUUUCCAGAGAAAACUGAAACCACAUUGGUAUCUUUCGAAGGAUCAGCCUGGUUUUAUCAACAUUAGGAAUAAGCCAUAGGAACAUGCAUCGUAUCGUAAUAAAGUAUUUUCCUAAGAUGAAGUACAGGCACCGGAGAAAACAAUGAAAUUACGAGGUGCCUAAUUUAUAGAGAUAAACAUUUUUCCCUACUCAAUUCUGACCCUUCGAAUUCCACCAAAGAAUUAUUGAUUUCAUCUUGAAGACCGUUAGUCUAAGGAUGGGGAUAUAGCAUUUGAGAAUGCCUUUUGUAAUUGCCACAAAUUGUUUCAGUAUGACGGUCUGUUAUGUCAUGUAUGACAGAACUCUUGGUCAUCCAGUUAUAUUCCUAAAGUAGGUUUAUGACUCUACUCCAAGAUUUUGGAUAUUUAAAGUUGAAAAUUUCGAAGCAUGCUUGGCAUUUCGGAGACUGUUUACGAAAUCCCUUUGUUCUGAAGGAUUUUAUGCCCACUUGCUUCCUGAGGCAUCAUCACAUGUGAUGAUAUCAUGCUAUUAUUAUGCUUCUUAAUAGCUUGUGUCUUCGUGGUUUUCAUUCUCUCACCGUAUAUUUAAGAAUGCCGUGACAACCAUUCCUUUCCUAUCGAGCAUUACUAGAAGCUUGUGCUUUCCCUGAAUUGUAGGGGGGUGCCGCCAUCUCCAAGGUCAGACCAUGCUGCAGCCGUACAUGCAGACAGAUACGUGUUAAUUUUUGGAGGUGGAUCACAUGCAACAUGCUUCAAUGAUCUGCAUGUCCUUGACCUACAGAACGUAAGAGUUUCUUCAUCUAUGCGCAUUCAGACAGUAUUGAGUUGUUUUUUCGAUUCCAUUCAUUGAUAGACAUAAUAUCUAAGCGAACUGAGAAAUUUUAUUGUAGAUGGAAUGGUCGAAACCUAAACAGCAAGGCAUCGUACCAUCUCCACGAGCUGGCCAUGCAGGUGUCACAGUUGGGGAAAACUGGUACAUUGUUGGCGGUGGUGAUAAUAUAAAUGGUACGUUCCACUGACAUUGCUCGCAUUUUUCCAUCCCCACAAAUUCUUUGCUUGGCAUUGUUGGAAGAAGAACUGUUUUAUUUACAUAUAAGGUGUUCCAUUCAUUGAACAUAACCAUAUUUUGCACAUGGCUCCGAUAUUUUGUAUCAAAAUGACAUCCUCAGUAAAAAAAUUAGAUGUGCACAAGACCAUUCAAGUGCGCAUUUAAUAUAAAAAUUGUGAUAAGAGCUGUUUUUAAUAGUUCUUAUGAAGCAAGAACCAAUCUUUCUUGGGCGAAUAUUACCUCUGCAGUAAGACUCCGAAGGUCGUACCUUUCAUGUGGAGCUUUCAUAGUAUUUCCUUGAAUAGCAAGGACAGCAUGCUUACUUUCUACAAACUUUAUAGAAAGAUAAUGUGUGACAUAUAAUUUGCUUUGCACAUUUUUACGUAACUCGUGUAAUACUCUGCAGGGGUGUCCGAAACACUGGUGUUGAAUAUGUCUACCUUGGUCUGGUCAGUUGUCACUACCGUUCAAGGGCGUGUACCUCUCGCCAGUGAGGUGUGAAUCCUUUUAAGAAUUGAAUUUUUACAAAAAAAAAAAUGAGUUGGAUGAACCUAUGGAGAUGAUUGCUAUUCCGGGAGAUACUGUGGGUGAUAUCAGUGAAAUCAUUUUGAGAAAAACUUGAAAGCUGGAUAGUGAUUCUCAAUUGAAAGCUUCUUGUUGUUAUACUUGUGGUUCUCUUAAAAGCAUAUUUUUCUUAAGAAUCUAAAAGUAAGUGUUGAUCAGACACAUGCACAACAACGUGUUUCUCACAUUUAGGGUAUAAUUCAAGUAGACAUUGCAGUCAGAGAAGCAGCAGCCGGGAAAGGGCAUGGUGAAUAUUAUUUGAAUUGUAGGAUCUAUCGAGAUAAUGGUAAAAAGUAUGCAACAUUAAGCCUUGUUCUCCAUAAGUGUUUUCAUUUUUUUCCCAAAUCUGAUUGAUAUCUUAUAGCUGGAAACUGUGGGUGAAUAUAGCUGAUGAUGGGAGUCUUCAGGUAGCCGGAAAGUACAACCCUAUGGAUUGGACUUCUAACCUAUUUUUGUAUGAUGUUUUGCCCGUGAAUCGCGAUUAUCAAUCAACAAUCUGAGUGCCACACUCAUGAAGGAUCUUGUCUUAGGUACAGCAGUUAACAUUCUGAAAUAUGCUAACGAAGCUUUCUUCUUAACCUCCAUGUUGUCUAAUAGUGUAGACAAGAUGAACCUCGGAGUUUAAAAAUUUUCAUACACUCAAUGUCUGGAUCUGGUUGUCUAACAGUGGAAUUAGAGAGAAACCUCGGAAACUGACUCUGGUGCCAGAUUGAGGGGGGCAGAGGUUAGCCCCGUGGUGGGGGGGAGCAGGAUCCUGGGCCCAGCCCCUCUUUAUGCCUAAGCCCAGGAAAAAUGGGCUGGUGGUCUCUGUGCUUUUUCAUUUCUGAUAGCUCUAUUCCUUUGAUGAGUCUUGAGAAACGGAAAUCAAAUGACUAGUUUUUGCAAAAUUCUCUGGACACUUCGUUUCUUACAGUUCUCUGGUAGGAUAUGAAUUUUCUUGCUAUUCUGAUCUUGUUCAUCUUCAGGGCCUGAGUUUGGUUGUGAGCUCCCACAUGGGAGAGGAUAUUCUGGUUUCCUUCGGCGGUUACAAUGGACGGUACAGCAAUGAGGUUUGUCGAACGUUAUUUUCUUCUUUUCAUCUGUGCAAUUUUUUUUCGCGGGAACCUCUUCACGUCUAAUCUCUCUCUCUCUCUCUCUCUCUCUCUCUCUUUCAAUGGUAGGUUUAUGCUCUUAAACCAAGUCACAAAUCAGGGUUGCAUCCCAAAAUGUUGGAAAGGCCCGAGUCUGAGAGCGUUGGUGGCCAGCUUCCCAUAUCGAAUGCACCCAGGGACGGUGAACCCGAGUUUGGAACCGAUCAAGACCGGAAAAUAAGUGAAGCCGUUGCGGACGAUGUGAACUCUGAACACGCGGUAAUUUCAUCUCAUCCGGUGCAUAUUCAUGGCGACGGUUAAAUUAUUCAUGGUUCGCUGGUAACUCUGCACACAGAAUUAGUAGCCAUAGUUGACAGGUCUUGGGAAAGAUCCCCGGGUAGUGUACAAUAAUGACAUCUGUUUGACAGAAUGUCAGAAGCAAGGCAACGGACGAACAACUGCUAGCCACCCUUAAAGCAGAUAAAGAAGAACUAGAAGCUGCGCUCGCCAAAGAGGAACUGCAGAGACAUCAGCUUAAGCAAGAGUUGACCGAAUCAGAGGCACGGAAUGUAGAGCUUACCAAGGCAACUAUCUCUUCCCUCUUUUUUAUCUAUUUCCAGAAACAGUAUAUCAGGUCGCACGUGAUCUAAAAAAAAAAGCAUAUUUCCUUCUCGUUAAUUGAAAAUAGGAAAUCGUUAAUUCUCCUGAGUUUUUUUGUGUCCUGAAAUUCUUCAGGAACUCCAAUCUGUGAGAGGCCAGCUCGCCGGUGAACAAUCAAGGUGCUUCAAGCUCGAGGUGUGUAUCUUUUUGGCUUCCGUCAGUGUUUCUCAUUACCCACUUCUAUACACUCUGUUUCACCGAAGAAAAUGGCACUGCAUAGGACAUCUCAAAGUCUUCCCUCCAGUUAGUCUCCAGGCAAUAUCUUGGUCAAUCCCAGAUGAUCAGCCCCAUAAGAUCAUUAAAACUAGAUCAACGUGUGUUCUCCAAUUCUUUUAGAGAUCUCUUUUUUCGAGAUCAAAAAAAUGGUCUCAAUUGGGUCCUCCAAGCAGGUGGACAUCGCCGAGCUGCGACAGAAGCUCCAGACCUUGGAAACCCUACAGAAGGAGCUCGAGCUGCUCCGACGGCAGAAAGCCGCGUCGGAGCAGGCAGCACUGGACGCAAAGCAGAGGCAGAGCCCGGGAGGCGUGUGGGGUUGGCUCGCCGGCCCCCCCUCCGACCCGUCCGCCUGA